AUGUGUGAAGAAACGAACCAAGACGGUCCCUAUGAAGACAGCACUGAGCAGGAAGACCCUGCUUCAAGUCCUGAGGAGCAGUUCCCUGUGGCUCACAUAUAUUGCAUUCUGCCUGAAGAAUACAACCCGGCCUUGUCAUCCACGACAUACGACUUUCUCCACGCCAUGGUCGACUCACUUACUGAUUACGUCUUGAAGCUGGUAUGCUCCGAGGGCAACAACAACGUCGGGAUGCCCGCCAACGCCGAAGACGGAGAGACAGAAGCCGACAACAACCGUGAAGGUCCCCCUGUCAUCCUGGAUGUGUCCUUCCUAUUCUCGGAUGAGGCACCUGAGCCGAGAAACAAUGCCUGA